UAACUUUCCCGAAGUUUAACGUAUCUUAGGCUGCCCUCAGUUUUGGAAAACGCCCUUUAAUUUUCUUUGCCGCUUCCACAGAAAUACUUUAUUCACCACUCUCUCUGGCUCCUUUGAGCCACGAUGCCUUUAUUUUAGAAAUAACACGACUUUUAAAAACUUCGGGUUAUACCUCUGACUGGCCCAACGCUGCCGCCGGGCUCAUUCUUGAGCGCAGCAAAAAACCGUUUUGGACUGUUCCAUGUCCUAUUUCCCACAUAGGGGGAAACAGCUUUUGAUCAGGGAGUCGGCAAAGGCGGAGGGAAAGGGAAGAGACGCCCUGAGAGGAACACAUCGCCUUCUUUGGUUUCUUAGGACGGAUUUUUCCUUGAGAGGAAAAAGCCGGGCGAAAGACCCAGAGCUGGCAGAAGCUCCUCCCACCGGAUCUCCCUCUUCCCUUCCACAGAGUGGUUGCAUCCGAACCCGGUCACGUGCUCCUCCUUGACCGGUGCGUGCAUGCGGGAAAAUCAUGGCCGGGCUCCUCAGAUGUGCUUUGCGGCUCCGGACGCGCUUCUUGCCGCUGAGAGGGCUGCGCGGCGUGGUCACCACCGCCUCUUCCCUGGGGCCGCUUCCCUUCUCCGCCCGGGCCGCUGUCUCCUGCCGCCGCAGCAGCAGCAGACAUAUCAUCUACCAAGCAAGACUCUUUACUGUUGCAACUCAAGAGAAGGGAGAUGCUCAAGAUCAAACAGUUUCAGCUGUUCGGGAGAAGCAAGCACAACAUUUUAAUUGGGCGUUGAACAGACUGGAUGAUUCUGUCAGAAGAACUGGGAGCAUUAGUAAAACGCUUCUGCUAAAAAUAUUCCAUGAUAUGUGCAGAACAGGGUAUCCAGGUAGUAACCAGGCCUUGCUGCUAUUCAGAAGCUGUGGCUCGUUGUUGCCUGAGGUCCAUCCAGCCAGGAGAACAGAACUUGCCCAUACCAUAUGGACCAAACUGAAAGAACUGGGUGUUAUAUAUGAUGUAAGCCAUUAUAAUGCUUUGCUAAAGGUCUACCUUCAGAAUGAUCACAAAUUCUCUCCAACUGAAUUCUUAACAGAGAUGGAAAAUGCUAAUGUUCAGCCCAAUCGAGUCACUUAUCAGCGACUGAUUGCUGCCUAUUGCAGCAAGGGCGAUAUUGAUGGAGCCAGUAAGAUUCUUGGUUUUAUGAAAAGCAAAGAACUCCCAAUCACAGAGUCUGUGUUCAGCGCCCUUGUGACAGGCCAUGCAAGAUCCGGAGAUAUGGAGAAUGCAGAAAAUAUCCUUUCUGUGAUGAGAGAUGCUGGAGUCGAACCUGGUCCAGACACUUAUGUUGCACUAUUGAAUGCAUAUGCUGAGAAGGGUGACAUGAACAAAAUAGAAGAGAAAAUUGGCCAAAUAGAUGGUUUUGAGGGACAUUGCUGGACAGAUGGAGACCUGUGGAGCAUGAUCUUCAGAAGUAUUGAAAAGUCUGACAAUUACCUUUUGGACAAGGACUUGAUGGACAUCAUCUUUAGUCUGGCUAAGUCUGGAUCUCCUCAGUAUGUACAAAACCUUCUGGAGAAGAUGAGAUAUGACAGGGGAUAUAUUCCAGAUGGCAUGAAUCUUUGCCUGAGUUUAAUAACACAAGGCUUGGAAGAUACAGCUUUUCAAGUUCUCAAGUCGUUCCCUAAAUCCUCUGAUAUCCAGAAUGGAAAUGUCAUGGAUCGUGGCAACUUCUUCUUACGACACUGUGUAAAUAUGGACAUGCCAGCAGCUAAGUUAAAAUAUUUCUGUGAUGAAAUGAAAGGUGCCAACCUGCACACUGCACCCUUCCAGUUGACUCUGCGUUGUGCCUUGGAAUUGAGGAAAGCUGCUCUGGCAAUUGACUUAAUGAAGAUAAUGAAAGAAGAAGGCUUACCUGUCAGACCUCACUAUUUCUGGCCAUUGUUGGUUGGUCACCAGAAAGAGGAAAAUAUUCAAGGUAUGGUUGAAGUCCUUAAAGCAAUGUUUGAACUGCAGGUGGAACCUGAUGUGGAAACAUAUGCGAGCUAUAUUUUGCCAAAUGUUGAUGAUGUCAGCACUGUGCAUCAUCUGCUGCAGGAGAAGGGCUGUCCUGUUGAAACUAAAGCACUUGUUGCAGCACAGAUCAGACAUGAAGCUGUACAUGGAAAACUAGAGAAUGUUUUGGCAUUAAUGUCUUCAGAAAAUACGCCACCUAUCGAUCUCAUGCAAUUGAGAAGUAGCCUGAUCCUUGGAUUCAAGAGGUGUGAUGAUGUAAAUCUUUGGAGCAAGAUAACAGAACUGUUGUACAAGGAUGGACGUUAUUGCCAGACGCCUCCAGGACCAACUGAAGCUGUUGGCUAUUUUCUUUAUAACUUGAUUGACAGCCUGAGUGACUCAGAGGUACAGGCCAAGGAGGAGCGGUUGAGACAAUACUUCCAUCAGCUGAAGAAGAUGAAUAUAGUAAUCCCUCCUAAUGUAUUCAGAGGUAUCCGCAACCUACUGGACAACUGCCAUGUUCCUGAAUUAAUUAAGGAUACAAUUUUGUUAACUGAUAGAGAACAGCUAUCACAAGGAUAUAUAUCAAAAUUCUCUGGACUUCAGGUAUCUGAAUUGGAGAAGCAGCUUGCACAACUAGAAGCUGAAAACCAGCCAAUUAGAGAUGUAUUAAAACAGCUCAUAUUUGCUCUAUGUGCAGAAGAGAAUAUGCAGAAAGCCCUUGAAGUGAAAGCCAAAUAUGAAUCGGACAUGGCUGUUGGUGGCUAUGCAGCCUUAAUAAAUUUGUGCUGUCGACAUGAUAAUGCAGAGGAGGCAAUGAACCUGAAAGAAGAACUCUGCCGUAAAGAUUCAUCAAUUGCUCUUGAUGCAAAUAAGUACUUGGCCUUGGUGAAAGUUUUGGGGAAAUGUGGCAGACUAGAAGAUGCUAUUAACGUUCUAAAGGAGAUGAAAGAGAAGGAUGUCCCUAUUAAAGAUGCAACUGUCACAACCUUUUUCCACAUCCUUAAUGGUGCAGCCUUGCGAGGUGAAGUUGAAACCGUCAAUCGGCUAUUCGAGUCCAUUAUGGCUCUGGGUUUAGUACAACCUGCUGGAAACCUGUGCUCCCCUCUUGCUACUGUUCACUUGGAAAAGAAUGAUUUAGCAGCAGCCCUGGAAGCUGUGUUUGACUGCUAUAAGAAAUAUGGCAAAUUCCCUAGACUUCAUGACAUCUUGUGCAAGUUAAUAGAGAGGGGAAACACUGAACUCUUGCAGAAAGUUAUGGACUUCAUGAGCCAAGAAAGAGGUGAAAUGACAAUGCUCUAUGAUCUCUUCUUUGCCUUCCUGAAUACUGGCAAAUACAAAGAAGCCAAGAAGAUCAUUGAGACUCCUGGCUUGAGAGCUCGACCAGGUCGGUUAGAGUGGUUUGCAACAAAGUGCAUUGCAAAUAAUCAGGUUGAAGCCUUGGAAAACAUGGUGGAACUGACACAGAAGCUAUUUGAAUGUGACAGAGAUGAAUUGUAUUACUACUUGUUAAAAUUAUACAGUGAAAACAAUGACCUGCAAAAGGCCGAUGCUGUUUGGACUAAAAUGCAGGAAGAAAAUAUUAUUCCUCGUGAAAGAACAUUGAGGUUACUAGCAGAUAUUCUUAAAACUAAUAAUCAGGAAGUUCCAUUUGACGUUCCUGAGGCUUGGUAUGAUUCUACCCCAUCUAACUCUUCGCUGCCUCUUGAACAAUCUCUUGAUCUUCAAAAGCAAAUAUUCAUACUCUGCAAAAAGGGUAACGCUGAAGAGGCGUACAGUAUUUUACUAGGAGUGGAAAAGAAGGAUAUUAUGCUUGAUUCUGGUGUUUAUUCCCACCUUAUAAAAGCAUUGCUGGCCCAGGGUUGUCUUGAAAAAGCCAUCAAAGUAAAAAACAUUGCUGAGACCCACAUCAAGGGCUUCGUGCUGAACGAUGCUGCCAGCAGCCUCCUCAUCAUAACGCAAGUUAGGCGGGAUUAUUUGAAAGAUGCAAUUUCAACCCUCAAGAUGCUCCUUGAAAAUGGCAACGUGCCCAUUCCACUAGCUGUCACUCGGCUUGUUCAGGCUUUGGCUCAGAAGGGAGAUCUGGAGAGCAUAAGCACAGUUGAGAAGAUGAUGGAGAAUCUCAGCAGUUCUAUUAAAUUGUCACACAUGCUUUUCAUCAAUAACAAAGUGUUGGCUCACAUCAAGAAUAAUAACCUUGAUGGCGCCAUAGAAUACCUUGAGCCCCUGUUCACCUCCGGAAUGCUGCAUUCUGACGCCCCCAGUUCAAGCAUUGCCUUCAUUUUUAGAAAGUUGAUUGAUGACAAACAGGAAGCAGCUUUGGAAAGAUUGAGUGCCAUGGCUGAACGGAUGGCCAAUCAUUUUGGAAUUUAUAGGCCUGUCACAGACCUUUUCCUUCAGUAUAUAAAUGCAGGAAGAGUGGAUGAUGCCAGACUUCUACUAGAGAGAUUCAGUGCGAUAGGUGAACAAAAGAAAUCUCUGCUGGCUUUCCUUGCAAACACAGCCAAGCAGCCAGGACAGGUUCAUAAAAUCAAGGCAUUGUUAGAUUUGGUUCCUGACUUUGUAGACAAGAACAUUAUCUACUCUUACCUCAUGAAAUGCCAUGCAUUGGAUAAGGACGUGGAUUCUGCAACAGCUCUUUAUGAUAAAAUGAAAGCUGAGAAAUUGCACCCAGAUGAGUUAUUUCUGAAACGUCUGGCAGUUGUCCUGAAAAAAGCAGGAAAACCCGUUCCUUUCACGGAACCCCCUGAAAGCUUCAGAUUCUAUGCAGAGAAAUUAAAGAAAGAACAAGACGGACAUUCGUCAGAUGAAGAUUAACUUUUUUAUGGUUUGGUUGCUGCUAGUCAUAUAGUGUCUGUGAAAAACUGUUUUAAAUAAUGUAUUAUUGUCAAGGGGAAAAAUAAAAUUGAAAAUAUGAUUCUUCAGUGUAACAUAA